AUGCGGACUGUAAUUUCCUCCCUUUCGCGAUGCGUGGAGUGCAAUAACAACAAGUAUUCUUCGAAGAGGAGCGAGAGCGAACGGCGAGCGUCGGUUUCCGGGAUCGAUGAUGAUUACACGAAGACGUCACACCUCCCGAGGAUGAUGAAAACGAGAAAAAGCCGUUUACGUCGCAGGAGUCGCGCGGUCGCGGCGAUGCGAGCUAACCAGGGUUUCGCGGGAGAAGAAGAGAAAACGGUCAAAAGUGGUAAUCACAUCGCUUCUUUUCGAAGAAGAGGACAACAACGCUCGCGAAGAACUCGAAUGCAUUUCGGCGAAGACGUCGGCCAAGAGGAAAUGUCUUCGUUAUUGGACGACGUGGUAGAUACGUGUCCAGUACCGAUGGACCAGAGGCCUUCGUCGCAACUUAAAGAAGUCGCCGAAGGCCUGGUUUCUGGAUGGGGCGGUUUAGAUGGGAAGCGUUACGCGGUACGGUUGACUAUUUUGUGCGGAUUUUUCUUCACGGUCAUCGCGUACCCGAUCGCGAGCGAGACGUAUAAUCCGGAGAUACAAUGGACGGAGGCGCACGUCGCGGCGAUGUUGGGUUCCUUGGUUGCAGUGAGCGCGAUAACGUUGAACAUUCACAACUCGUGGGAUUACGUGAGAAAUCGCUUACUCUCGGCGACGAUUGAGUACGAAGAGACGGGAUGGUACGAUGGUCAAGUGUACGUGAAAACGCCGGAGAUGUUGGCGAAGGAUAGAUUGGACGGGACGUACGUGUGCGGCCCGGCGGUGGCGAGGUGUAAGAAGACGAUGUUGGCGUGCGGAGCGGGCGUGUUAGGUUGCGUGUUCGCGUUGAACGCGCUGGACGCGCCGAAAGUAGACCAGGAGAACUUUGGCUCGUACACGCCGCAAAAAGCGGCUUUGCUGAGAGAUUUAGGCAUGGGAACGUACAUCGACGCCGGCGAAGGGAAAAGGAUCAGCCAAGGCGGUAUGUUCUCUCGCGAAACGGCGGAUAAAUACGAACCGGAAGAAGAGGACGAAGACGAAGGAGACGAAGUCAACGGCGUGGUCAUGAGUUACGCGCCGUCGGUAUCUAUAGUUUCACCCUCUUCCUCGUCGUCGUUUCCUUCGGUAUCAUCGGAAAAAGCAGACGAAGGAGGAGAUAUCCUCGCCAAGGCCGCCGAGUAA